GGGAGGUAGUUCGCGUUUUGAGCCGCUCGUGCCACCAUAGCUGCGGCUGCCGCUGCUCCUGCCGCGGCGGAGCUGAAAUCGCCGAGCGCGAUGCCCGAGGGCGCUGUGAGCCGGGAGGUCCCGGUGUCCGGGGGCUGGUCAGUGACUGGGCAGACUGGAAGGGCCUUCCGAGGAGGAAGGCAGCGCCGCUGUUGAGACAAGUCCCAAGAACCUGGCUAGGCACUGCUCCCGGAGCUCCCUAGGAUGGCUGUGGAAGGCUCAACCAUCACCAGCCGGAUCAAAAACCUGCUGCGGUCCCCGUCCAUCAAACUUCGCAGGAGUAAGCCGGGGAAUCGGCGCGAGGACCUCAGCUCCAAGGUGACCUUGGAGAAAGUGCUUGGAAUAACAGUGUCUGGAGGCAGAGGCUUGGCCUGUGACCCCCGCUCGGGGUUGGUUGCUUAUCCAGCUGGGUGCGUGGUUGUGCUGUUCAAUCCCAGGAAACAUAAGCAGCACCACAUCCUCAACAGCUCCCGGAAGACCAUCACUGCCCUCGCCUUCUCCCCCGAUGGCAAGUACUUGGUCACUGGUGAGAGCGGGCACAUGCCUGCCGUGCGUGUGUGGGACGUGGCUGAACACAGCCAGGUGGCAGAGCUGCAGGAGCAUAAGUACGGGGUGGCCUGCGUGGCCUUCUCCCCGAGUGCCAAGUACAUCGUCUCCGUGGGCUACCAGCAUGACAUGAUCGUCAAUGUGUGGGCCUGGAAGAAAAACAUUGUGGUGGCCUCCAAUAAGGUGUCCAGCCGGGUUACGGCCGUGUCCUUCUCUGAAGAUUGCAGCUACUUUGUCACUGCAGGCAACCGCCACAUCAAAUUCUGGUACCUCGAUGACAGCAAGACCUCAAAGGUGAAUGCCACGGUGCCGCUGCUGGGCCGCUCGGGGCUGCUGGGGGAGCUGCGCAACAACCUGUUCACGGACGUGGCCUGCGGGCGCGGGAAGAAGGCCGACAGCACCUUCUGCAUCACGUCCUCGGGGCUGCUGUGCGAGUUCAGCGACCGCAGGCUGCUGGACAAGUGGGUGGAGCUGAGAAACACAGACAGCUUCACAACCACUGUGGCCCACUGCAUCUCCGUGAGUCAAGACUACAUCUUCUGCGGCUGCGCCGACGGCACCGUGCGCCUCUUCAACCCCUCCAACCUGCACUUUCUCAGCACCCUGCCCCGGCCGCACGCCCUGGGCACAGACAUUGCCAGUGUCACGGACGCCAGCCGCCUCUUCUCAAGCGUGACCAACGCCAGGUAUCCAGACACCAUCGCCUUGACCUUCGAUCCGACGAAUCAGUGGCUCUCUUGUGUCUACAACGAUCACAGCAUUUAUGUUUGGGAUGUGCGGGACCCCAAGAAAGUGGGCAAGGUGUACUCUGCUCUGUACCACUCCUCCUGCGUGUGGAGUGUGGAGGUUUACCCUGAAGUGAAGGACAGCAACCAGGCCUGCCUGCCCCCCAGCUCCUUCAUCACCUGCUCCUCCGACAACACCAUCCGCCUGUGGAACACAGAGAGCUCUGGCGUCCACGGGUCCACCCUGCACCGAAACAUACUCAGCAAUGACCUCAUUAAGAUCAUCUAUGUGGAUGGAAACACUCAGGCCCUGCUGGACACAGAGCUGCCCGGUGGAGACAAAGCUGACAGUUCCCUGAUGGACCCCCGGGUGGGCAUCCGCUCUGUGUGUAUCAGCCCCAACGGGCAGCACCUCGCCUCAGGAGACCGAGUGGGCACGCUCAGAGUGCACGAGCUACAGUCCUUAAGCGAGAUGCUGAAGGUGGAAGCCCAUGACUCCGAGAUCCUGUGCCUGGAGUAUUCGAAGCCUGACACAGGUCUGAAGCUGUUGGCAUCUGCGAGCCGGGACCGGCUGAUCCAUGUGCUGGAUGCGGGCCGUGAAUACAGUUUGCAGCAGACGCUGGAUGAGCACUCGUCCUCCAUCACAGCUGUCAAGUUUGCAGCAGCCAGCGAUGGGCAAGUGCGCAUGAUCAGCUGCGGGGCUGACAAGAGCAUCUAUUUCCGCACAGCCCAGAAGUCUGGAGAUGGGGUACAGUUUACACGGACACACCACGUGGUGCGGAAGACGACCCUCUACGACAUGGACGUGGAGCCCAGCUGGAAGUACACAGCCAUCGGCUGCCAGGACCGGAAUAUUCGGAUCUUUAACAUCAGCAGUGGGAAGCAGAAGAAGCUGUUCAAGGGCUCCCAGGGGGAGGACGGCACUCUCAUCAAGGUGCAGACAGACCCCUCCGGGAUCUAUAUUGCCACCAGCUGCUCUGACAAGAACCUCUCCAUCUUUGACUUCUCCUCAGGCGAGUGUGUGGCCACCAUGUUCGGCCACUCAGAGAUUGUCACUGGCAUGAAAUUCAGUAAUGACUGCAAACAUCUCAUCUCUGUGUCCGGGGACAGCUGCGUUUUUGUGUGGCGCCUGAGCUCUGAGAUGACCAUCAGUAUGAGGCAGCGCCUGGCUGAGCUGCGCCAGCGGCAGCGAGGGAACAGGCCACAGGGACCCUCCUCUCCCCAAAAGGCUGCCGGACCCAGCUGCCACAAGGCCCCAUCAGUGCUCGUUCCUGUGCCAGCUCUGUCGUCCGACAGUGACAAAGAGGGAGAAGACGAGGGGACUGAAGAAGAGGAGCUCCCAGCUUUGCCCAUCCUUGCCAAAGGCACCAAGAAGGAGCCAGCCCUGGGGCCCAGCUCGGCCCUGCCCCGAAGUCUGUCGCACUGGGAGAUGAGUCGGGACACUGAGGAGUUCCUGGACCCCGCUCCUGCAGCCACCCAAGGACCCCGAAGGAGGGGCCGCUGGGCCCAGCCCGGCGUGGAGCUGAGCGUGCGCUCCAUGCUGGACCUGCGGCAGCUGGACACAAUGGCUCCCCUCAGUCAGGGCCCCGGGAAAGACGCCAUGGCCCCUUCUGCCCUGGGGAAGUCUGGGCCACAGGCGCCUCAGCCUACCCGAGCUGGCCAGACACCCUCACCCAGACACCCCUCCCAUUCCCAGCCCUGCUCCUGCUCCCACAUCAUUCGGCUGCUGUCCCAGGAGGAGGGGGUCUUUGCUCAGGACCUGGAGCCCACGCCUGGCGAGGACAGUAUCGUCUAUCCGGAGCCCAGCGACAGCCCCACACUGGACACCAGUGAGUUCCAGGUGCAGGCCCCGUCCCAAGGGAGCCUGGGAAGAGGCUACGCGGGCGGCCGGGGCUCGGAGAAGCACAGCCCCGACAGCGCCUGCUCUGUGGACUACAGCGGCAGCCGCCUGUCGAGCCCUGAGCACCCCAACGAAGACUCGGAGAGCACGGAGCCCCUGAGUGUGGAUGGCAUUCCCUCAGACCUGGAGGAGCCCGACGAGGAGGAAGAGGAGGGGGGUACUGGCCCUUAUGGGCUGCAGGAGGGGAGCCCCCGGACCCCGGACCAGGAGCAGUUCCUGAAGCAGCACUUUGAGACUCUGGCCAAUGGGGCGGCUCCAGGGGGCCCCGCCAGGGGGCUGGAGCGGACAGAAUCCCGGAGCAUCUCCUCGAGGUUCCUGCUGCAAGCACAGACCCCCCCUCUCAGGGAACCGUCCCCCAACUCCUCCAGCCUGCCCAGACCAGUCCACAUGCCACUGGCUUCCGGAGAGCCGCCGAGAGGCGCUGGUGCCAAUCCUCCGGGAGCACCGCCAGAAGUGGAGCCCUGCCCUGGAAACUGCAGUCCCCAGCAGGCAGCCCCCGUGUUACUGCCACGCCGCCGCCUCAGCCCCGACAGCAGCUGGACCCCCAAGAGAGUGGCCACCGGCAGCCCCUUCGGGGGGCUCCAGAAAGCCCAGUCGGUGCAGAGUCUGGUGCCCCAGGAUGAAGCCCCUCCCCCAGGCCCCUUGUCGUCACGGGAAGUGGCACCCCAGGGCGGCCUGUCCCAGCCCCACUCCUACCAGAACCCCACCACCAGUUCCAAGGCCAAGAUGGCACGCAGCAUCUCCAUGGGGGAGAACCUGAGCCUCGCCUCCGAGCCGCAAGUUCCUGCCCCUGUCCGAGUCUCUCCGCUCAACAAGCUGGCCCUGCCCAGCCGGGCUCACCUGGUCCUGGACAUCCCAAAGCCACUGCCUGAUCGGCCCUCCCUGGCCACCUUCUCACCUGCUGCCCGGGGCCGGGCCGCUGCCGAGGCAGAGCAGAGGCGGGCCUGGGCGGCCGAGGGUGCUGCGCCUAAGCCCAGGACAGAGUGCCAGGCUCAGCCUGCACCCCACAGCCCCCACACGCAGCCCCUGCCCCCCGAGAAAACCAGCAGCCCUGUGGAAAGCACCCAGCCCGGGGCAUCCCUGAGCCAGGACCCAGAAGCAGCGGUGAGCCUGGAACAGUGCCAGCAGCUGGUGGCUGAGCUCCAGGGCAACAUGCGCCAGGCUCUGCGUCUCUACCAUGUGGUGGCUGGCUGCAAGACGCCGUCCGCAGAGCAAAGUCGCAUCACUCAGCUCCUCAGAAGCACCUUCUCAUCCAUGCGGCAGGAGCUCGAGGCCCUGGCAGGGCCGCUGCUGUGCAGUCCGGGCACGAGUCCCGGGGUGGGGGCAGAGCAGACCCAGGCCCUGUUGGAGCAGUACUCGGAGCUGCUGCUAAGGGCCGUGGAGCGGCGCAUGGAGCGCAGACUCUGA